AUGGAUUCUUUCUCUGAUGAUGUCUGUCACAGUACAGACGAAAGCUUUGCAUUGUUUAAUCGGGGUCGUAAUGCAGUGAGCCGAGGACUUCUUCGCAUAAUUCAACAGUCUUCCCUACGCGACAAUCCUCCUUCGGUCUGUGCCUACCCAUUUCAGCCGAGUGCUAUGGCAUCUUUUCAUCGUCUUCUCAGUCUCCCAGCCCCUGUUCUGCGAGUUGUAAUUCGCCUAGCCUCCUGGGACCUGCAGGCUGGUCAAGCAGACAGUAUAGGUAGCCCUCAGCUGCGCCUUUGCCUCGUUAGCAUGGGUGGAUCAGCUGUCGCGGCAGCAGCCGCCGCUGCAGCCACAGGUGGCACCGGCGGACGUGUAGCCGGUGGAGACAACUUGGGUGACACUUUAACGGCACCGCCAGGACAGCCGGGCGUGCAGAUACAGCCUCCAAGAUUGAUACUUCAAUGGAUCGUAACUCCUGGGCCGCGCACUCAGUCAGCCAGCACGUCGAUUGCAUCUACUUUCUUAUCUAGCCAGCUACCCCCAGUUGGUCGACUAGUCCGUGUUGCCUAUAAUUGGGAGACGAAUGGCGUCUCCAUCCUACCUCCAGUGAGCCCAUCCACUCCGGCAGCAACCCAGCAGUUUGUACAGCAUCUGCGGGCCAGUAACUUGGCCGGUCAGGCUCAACAGGCAGCUGCAGUAUCUUCUGCCUCCACUGGAAAAACAGAGAGUGCUUUGCUUCACCUCGCCCUUCUUGUCGAUCAGGUAGCCUCAUCAUUCUAG